AUGCGAUCGUCUUUGCUUUCGUUGUUGGCGGCGUCGGCGGCGGCUGCGGCUACCACUGCCAAUACCACUGCAAAUACCACUGGGAGACAUGGAAGUGAUGGUUUGUUCGAAUUCACGCCCAAUUUGAUUCCGAAACUGGAGAAUGCAGGCACGGAUAAGCUGUUUCCCAUGAAGAGGUGCGGCGGCCUCAAGCUGGAGGAGGCGACGAUUGAUGAUAUGAGGAAGGCCAUGGAAAAUGGGAGCUUGACGAGCGUCCAGCUUGUCACUUGCUACAUGACGAGGACGUUCCAGACGCAGCAGUACAUCAACUCCGUCAUGCAAAUCAACCCAGAUGUGCUUGCCAUUGCCGCACAGCGCGAUCAGGAGCGCAAGCAAGGCAAACACUGCGGUCCUCUUCACGGAAUCCCCUUCACCGUCAAGGACAAUAUCGGUACCAAGGAUAACCUGGAGACGACGGCCGGUAGCUGGGCUUUGUUGGGUAGCCGCGUGCCCCGUGAUGCUCACGUCGUUGCGAAGCUGCGUGCCGCUGGUGCCGUCUUGUUUGGAAAGGCUACGCUCAGUGAGUGGGCGGACAUGCGAAGCAACAACUACUCCGAGGGAUACUCUGGCCGUGGCGGACAGUGCAGAAGCGCGUACAACUUUACCGUGAACCCUGGAGGCAGUUCUUCUGGUAGCGGCGUUGGUGUCGGCGCCAACUGCAUUGCUUUCUCGUUGGGAACUGAGACUGACGGAAGUGUCAUCAACCCUGCCAUGAGAAACUCCAUCGUCGGCUUCAAGCCCACCGUUGGCCUCACCUCCCGCGCCGGCGUCAUCCCUGAGACUGAACACCAAGACUCAGUCGGCACGUUUGGCCGCACCGUCCGCGACGCAGUCUACGCAUUCGACGCCAUCUACGGCAUCGACUCGCGCGACAACUACACGGCCGCGCAAAAGGGCAAGACCCCUCAAGGUGGCUACGCCCAGUUCCUCACCAACAAGAAGGCCCUCAAGAACGCCACCUUUGGCAUCCCCUGGAAGAGCUUCUGGGUGCACGCCGACCCCGAGCAGCAGGCCACGCUCACCUCCCUCGUCAAGCUCAUCGAGAGCGCCGGCGCAACCAUCAUCAACAACACCGAGAUCACCAACUACGAGACCAUCGUCUCCCCCGACGGCUGGAACUGGGACUAUGGCACCACGCGUGGCUUCCCCAACGAGUCGGAGUACACCUACGUCAAGGUCGACUUCUACAACAACAUCAACAAGUAUCUCUCUGAGCUGACAAACACCAACGUCCGCACCAUCGACGACAUCAUCCAGUACAACUUUGACAAUGACGGCUCCGAGGGCGGCAACCCCUGGCCCCAGGGCAACCCGGCGUGGUUCUCCGGCCAAGACGGCUUCCUGGCGUCCCAGGCGACAAAGGGCGAAAAGAACGAGACGUACUGGCAGGCUCUGAACUUUUGCCAGUCCACUUCCCGCGGUGGCAUCAACGACGCCCUCACGUACAAGGGUAAAAAGCUCAGCGGACUCCUUGUUCCCCCUGAUGUUGGCCAGAGCUACCAGACUUCCGCGCAGGCUGGAUACCCAGUUAUCACGCUACCGGCCGGCAUUCACCCUGACUCGGGGAUGGGGUACGGACUGGCUAUUUUGCAGACGGCGUGGGCGGAGGAGGAGCUUGUUAGAUGGGGUAGUGCUAUUGAGGACUUGACCAGGGGGACCAAGUAUGCUAGGACGCUGCCAAAGUGGAGGGGCUAUCUGCAGAGGAACUUGCCUGUUCCUUUGUAA